UGUUACUCUCGGUCAUUCAGAUAUGUGAACCGGCUUUAUCCUGCUAUACUGCAAGGGGGUGGCACUUUCAGCUACACCUUUUCUUCCAGGGUAUAUAUACUGUGCUUGAGACUGAAAAGAAGCCGGUUGCUUGGUGCAUGUGGAAGAGAAAAAAGGAGUGGCUACUGUCACACUGAUUCAGAUCUUAAGUCAUUUACAUGAUAAAGUAAAGAGGACUGGAUGCAACCGAUGCUUAUUAUAAGAAACCAGAGAAAAGCUUUAUGAAAGAUCAGUGAGAAUCUCUGUCCAAUCGCACCGCCAGAACCAGGAGCACGGCCGAUGAGCUGACACUGGGAGAUAGAGCAGCUUACCUGGCUUGUACGUCUUGCGGCGCUAAUCGCCAUCUCCAAGAAAAGCGGAUUGUGACACCCCGGGAAGCAGAUUGUUUCUGGUGCUUUUGCUUUCACCUGCUCAGGAUUUAAUCACCGGGCUGCAAAAAUGAUGCAAAUAUCCGACACGUACAACCAGAAGCACUCCUUGUUUAAUGCCAUGAAUCGGUUCAUCGGGGCGGUGAGCAACAUGGACCAAACCGUCAUGGUGCCUAGCCUGCUCAGAGACUUACCCCUAGAAAUGGAGGAGAAGGAUGGAGUCAGCAAUGGGGCUGCCAACUACUUUUCAAGGAGAGACAUGCACGGCUACUACAUUUUGCUGAAAUCCAUCAGGAAUGACAUUGAAUGGGGCAUCCUGCAGGGAGACGAGCGCAAAAAGGACAAAUUGAGCUCUAUGGAUAUCAGCCGGCUGGAGGAUGCGGAUGGAGAGGAGGAUUUGGAAAAGCAGUUCCAUUAUCAUCUCACUGGACUUCACACAGUGCUCAGUAAACUCACCAGGAAAGCCAAUGUCCUCACCAACAGAUAUAAAGAGGAAAUUGGAUUUGGGAGCUGGGGACAUUGACAAUAGUGGCUUAUGACAUUAAUUAUGUUUUCAAUAUUUGAUGGGUCUGGUUUAUUGUUUAACAUUUUUUUUUUAUCUUGUUAUUUUGGCUGAAGAGGGUGAGUGUGUACCAUUAACAUGGAAGGAGGGAGUCAGGGAUCAUAUUUACUUUAAUGGUCUAAUUUAUUCUUUACUAGUAUCAGGGGUUGUUGGCCAUAACCAUGAAAUGACUGGGGAUAUUUCCUGUACUACACCUCUCAUAAAUAUUUUAAGCUGCAGUGACUAAAUCAUUCUAGCACUGCCCUGGGUAACCCUUUCAUCACCCAAUUCUAUUGACCUAGUUAGAAAUUUGACAUUUUUAUUUUUUAAAUUCCUUUAAAUACGCUUAUUGAUGGCACUUAGCAUUCAUGCAUGUACAGAUUCUUUUAUUAAUGCACAAGGGGGGACUAACAAAGGGAAAUGUGUUUAUUUUUUGUGUGUAAAUAUUGGCAUUAAAAGAACAAUGCCAUUACGCCAGCGACGCAAAAUCACUAUAACAUUGCCCGAUAGCGUGUGCCAAGAUAAUCAAGCACUUGCACCAAUGUUCUAAGGGAAAAAUCAUUCUACAAUAUACACCAUUAGGACUGGUAGCAAGAAGGGGCAGACAGCGAGGAGCGAGAGGAAAGAUGGAUGUGUAUAGAGAACACAUAUUUAUUUGGCGCAUAAACGCUAAAUGAGUGUACAUAUAGAAGCUGGUGUGUUUUUCUUUGUGUGCCAAUCUUGGUUAGUCCCCCCAUACUUGUGCUAAAUAGUAGCAAGGCUACAUAGGACUUAUUAGCAAAAUUCUUGUUACUCUCGGCAGCAGAAAUACAGGAAAUUCUGCUCAGCUACUAAAAGGGUUGGAUGAUGUGUGAAGGGCAGAGGGGUGGGGUGCAGCGGAAGCAAUUCUAGAGCAGAUUGCAUCAGCCUUUCAUGAUUUUGCACUACUUUUGUAACUAAAAUAAUAUGUACAAUAUGUAAGACUUAUUUUGCACUGUACUAGAUAUGCUUGUAUUUGAUUCUGCUGGGUCAGCGGAUGGGCGACAAGGCAGCACAGCUGUCAUUUUGGCACGUCCUUGGCUACAUGUUUCUUUUGUGUCACCCAGAGCAGGUGUUUCUCAUUGUCUUGCAUUGGUGUAACAUAGAAAAAUACAAGCGGGCACCUGAGGCUGUCCAGCCAAUGACUUAUGGACUGUUAGCGAUUGUUAAUAAUUUGGAACUAUAUGAUGCAUUUCCAAAUUUAGGUAUAAUGUGGAAUGGUUCCAUGUCAUAUGCAAAAUAACAAAUAGUGAAAUGAAGCCUUUUUUUAUGUUGUUUCAUAUUCUAUUUUAAUAAAUCACACUAUGUGUUUUAAUGUAA